UACUAUCUUUAUCCUUAGGAAAUCUUCACUCAGAGGAGUUGAAUGUCUUAAGAUGGCAUGGAAAACAUCGUUAUCUUUCCCUACUGGAAUUUGAAUUCUGGCCUAACACCCUUAAAAAAUCCUUACCUAGUUUACCAUUAUCAUUUGCGCAAGCGCAGCGUGCUUACUUUUCCCACUUUGGGAUUGGUGAAUCACAGGCCAUGUGGACUCGUGCCCCGCCCCCGGGGGGGGGUGCACUCGGCGUUUCCGGUUCGGUCGGUCUGACUAUGACGGAGCGGGGGGCCUCUCCGGAGGACCCCUGGGUCAAGGCAAGCCCCGUGGGCGCGCACGCCGACAAGGGGAGGGCGGGUCGGGCACGUGCACGUAGGGGGAGCGGGAGAGUGGGGGUUUCCCCCAGUUCCCCCCAGUUCUCCUUGCUUCGCCCACAGGGGCUUGGGGCUGCGGGCUGCGGAGACAGCCCCGGCCCCCCGCGUGCCCAAGUGGGGAGCCGAGAGAGCAGACCGUGUGUGGAGUACACCUACAGUGACAACAGCCUGGACCCGGGGCUCUUUGUGGAAAGUAACCGAAAGGGGAGUGUAGUGUCCAGAGCCAACAGCAUUGGCUCCACCAGUGCUUCCUCAGUUCCCAACACAGAUGAUGAGGACAGUGAUUAUCAACAAGAACCUUACAAGGAGUCAUAUAAGGACAGGAGGCGCAGGGCCCACACACAAGCAGAACAGAAGAGGAGAGAUGCCAUCAAGAGAGGCUACGAUGAUCUUCAAGCCAUUGUCCCUACCUGCCAGCAGCAAGAUUUCUCCAUUGGCUCCCAGAAACUCAGCAAGGCCAUUGUUCUGCAGAAGACCAUUGAUUACAUCCAGUUCUUGCACAAAGAGAAGAAGAAACAGGAGGAGGAAGUAUCUACCCUACGCAAGGAUGUUAUGGCUCUGAAAAUCAUGAAAGUCAACUAUGAGCAGAUUGUGAAGGCGCACCAGGAUAACCCUCACGAAGGGGAGGACCAGGUCUCUGACCAAGUCAAGUUCAAUGUGUUCCAAGGAAUUAUGGACUCUUUGUUUCAGUCCUUCAAUGCCUCCAUUUCUGUGGCCAGUUUCCAGGAGUUAUCAGCUUGUGUCUUCAGCUGGAUUGAAGAGCACUGUAAACCCCAGGUGUGCUGGCUGAGACUGCGGCAGAGUAGGGUGGGAGCAGAUUGGUUGGCAGCACCUAUUCACUGAGCUGAAGCUCCUUCAGGCAGGGUGGUCCGAGGUACACAUUGUUGGAGGCAAUAGGUUGGUAGUAUCUUUUUCUUUGACCAAAAAUGUGAUUGCACUAGUGUAGGAAAUUCUUGGAGCAAUGUAGAGUGGCACCUGCUUUGUCACUUAGUCAUAGUUGGGGACAGUGAAAAAGUUCAGUGACUUGCCCAGAGUCAGUCACUCUUGAUCAGAGGUGGCAUUUGUACCCAGAUUUCUAUUCACUCAUUUUUUCCCCUGUAGCCUAACCUGGUUUUUUGGUUACAGUUUAAACCAAUUUAUAGAUAUUAAGCACCUACAUGUCAAGCACUUUGCUACUCCCUUUUUGUUUUUAGAAAAUAUCCCUUAUCUGUAAUAGCCUCUGGGUCCUGCUCCCCCUUUCUGAGAAAGGCAAACUACUACUUUUGAGGGUGUAGAAGAUGUUUGAGGCUUGGUCUUGGCUCAUACCUCUUUUCCCUUCUCUAGACCCUCCAAGAGAUUGUUACUGGGGUGCUGCACCAACUGAAAAACCAGCUUUACUGACUGCUUACCCUUCAGCCAACACUACUGGAAGUGUGGAACCAGAGAGCUGGUUGGGUGCUGGCUCUGAUGUCUCAAACAGAACAUUUGCUUUGUUUGCUGAAUUUUGGACAGCAAACCCAUUUCAAACCUGUGGGAGUUCUAGGGGCUAUUGGAUUUGUCCCUUAGAAAUCACUUUCAACAUCUUCCUAAACUUCCAAUUUAAAUUCAUGACAAGUAUUUAUUUGGAAGCUACUAGUUGCCAUUGUGAUAUGUCUUGGGGGAGAGGUAAUAAUGAGACUAUGCUUCUGGCAGGAGUCUGGAGAAGGCGGAAGAAAAUGUACUUAUGUAGUCAAAGAGUGCCACGGGCACUUCUCUCCAGUGGUGCUGGCCUGCAUUAUGGCACCAAUAAAACUGUUAGCAUGUUAUAUAGGGAUUUUAUCUCUAGGGAGUUUGCCACUGUGAUCAGAAACCUUAUGACAUUUCUUUUAUUUCAAUGUAAUUUUUUUAAGCUUAAAAUUGUAUUUAAAAAUUUUUUUUAAGUCAGCCAGGUCUUUGUGGUACUUCAGGGUCCCAUUUACCCUCUUUUCAUACAAAGUUGAUAAGGGAUCAUCUCCAUUCUUCUGUCCACUUUUUACUUGUCAUCAAGAUUUCUAUCAAAAAUGAGCCAGGGGAAAGUGGAGAAACUGCUAUCUCAGAUAUAGAGCAUCAGACUUUUUUUCUUUUUUUCCAAGCUUAGAUAUGGAAGAUUCUACCAUCCAAUGGAAACUAAAUAUUUUUAUAUCAAAUUGUAAUUGCAAUAAAUUUUAUGAAAUGCUUAAGCCCAAAUUUGUUCUGAAUUUAAGUCAAAUCCAUUAAACUGAUGAUUCCUCUCAGUCUAGUCCUUUUCCACCUCUAGCCAAAAGGACUCCUGGAAGUGCCAAAACAAAACCAAUACCAUGAGUCUGAGAAGCUCCUCUGCCUCUCCAAUGUUAUGUGGAGAGGUACCUCAGGGGUCUGGAAGGGUGAUGUUGUGAUCUUCAUCUGUCUCUAUUCCAACUUCUUC